CAGCAGCAGCAGCAGCAGGGCCUCCUCCACCACUUUGAUCCAGACUUCCUGGUCGAGGUCCUGUUGUUCCACCGUCCAAGAAUUGGUAUCGCAAAUGGAGGAAGAGCCUACAGAGGCACCACUUUACAUCCAUAUCGAGACUAAUGAUUUUUCAUACAGAAGGCACAAGCGGCAGAAGGAGGAGGACAUAGCUGUAUGCGAGUGUCAGUAUGAUUUGAUGGAUCCAGAUAGCGCAUGUGGAGAGAGGUGCUGGAAUGUCUCGACUAACACAGAGUGCACGCCUGGCUAUUGCCGCUGUGGUGUAUAUUGCAAGAACCAGCGAUUUCAAAAAAGUCAAUAUGCUAGGACAAGGCUGGUAAAAACUGAAAGGCGCGGGUGGGGUCUUUUGGCUGAUGAAAAUAUUACAGCUGGACAAUUUGUUAUUGAAUAUUGUGGAGAAGUAAUAUCAUGGAAGGAAGCCAAGCGGAGAUCUCAAACAUAUGAAGACCAGGGUUUAACGGAGUCUUAUAUUAUUUACCUCAAUGCUGAUGAGUCUAUUGAUGCAACAAAGAAAGGGAGUCUGGCCAGAUUUAUCAACCAUUCGUGCCAGCCGAACUGUGAGACAAGAAAAUGGACUGUCCUCGGGGAAGUAAGAGUUGGCAUUUUUGCAAAGCAAGAUAUUCCUAUUGGAACGGAAUUAUCCUAUGACUAUAAUUUUGAGUGGUUUGGUGGUGUGAUGGUGCGGUGCCUCUGUGGAGCUACCGGAUGUUCAGGGUUUCUUGGGGCAAAAUCACGUGGUUUCCAGGAGGCCACAUACCUGUGGGAAGAUGAUGACGACAGAUUUUCUGUUGAAAAUAUCCCUCUUUAUGACUCUACCGAUGACGAACAUACAAGCAUUCCGAAGGACUCCAUUCUAGCAAAAUUUGAGCCAGUCACCCAAGAAAAUAACAGCAACAUAGUGCAUACCACUGAGAAUUCUGAGAUUGCAAGCUCAAACGAAUUCACGCCAUUGAGUGUUGAACCAUUGACGGCUAGCUCAGAUGAACUCACACCAAUGACUAUUGAACCACUGAUAGCUGUUCCAGUGGGAGUUGAUAUUAUGGAGAAUGGAUUGACCGAAUAUGGUGCACAAUAUUCUGAUGACGCCGCACAAAAUUCAAUGCAUAAAGUUGCAAAGCUUGAGAAUCAAAGUUCUCCCCAGAACAACAACCAUCAUACCGAAUUGGUCCUGGUGAGACCCACACCCAAAUUUCGUGGUGGCAAAGCUAAACGUGGUCUGCGCAAGCAAUUGAAUGUUGCAGAUAUUUGUGACCGGUUACCAUCAGCUGCGGCACGCCAGGAGAUAUUGUUCUGUGAGGAAGUGAAGAAGCAGGCGACUGCCGAAAUCGACGCCCUGUACGACGAGAUAAGACCAGCGAUUGAAGAACAUGAGAGGGACAGCCAAGACAAUGUAUCAACAAGCCUUGCAGAGCAGUGGAUCGAGGCCAGCUGCUGCAAGUACAAAGCUGAGUUUGAUCUAUCUGCUGCAAUUAUCAAGAACUUGGCUUCGACGCCUCUGAGAGCAAAAGAAGAUGUGAACCCUAGAGAACAAAAUGGAGUGUUAUACCUGCAAAACGGUCCAUGAUUCACCUAAAAGGCGCGGGUUCGCAAGCAAUCUUCGCAAAACCGCCAGUUCUUAGAAACUUUGAUAGUUUUUUCUUUUACAGAACUCCAUAGAAGAUACUCCUAUGUAGAUUUGAAGCGUUGUAAGGUGGUAUUCUUCCCAAUACACAUCCCAUAGUCUGAUUAAUUGAUGGUGUAAGGCAUCAUCAAUUCUUCUUGCA